AUGAGAGUGUUGUUCUUGAUUUUUGUUUUUCUGACGUUUGUGAAUGCCAUUUCAUCGUAUGACUUCGCUGAAGAUGAUGACGACGAUUUGGAGUUGAACUAUGACGAUAUUGAUGAUGAUUAUGAAGAUAUGUAUGACGAUGAUUUCGACGACGAGUUUGAGGAUGAUGACAUCGAAGAUGAGGAAGACGAAAUUGAAGAAGAAGAGGACGAGGAGGCUGAGAACGAAGACGAUGAAGAGUACGAGUUGACGCAGCGCAUGCCGUAUUACUAUGACCCACUUUAUGGGUAUGGUAUGGGGUAUUACGGGUUCAAACACUUCCUUCCAAGUGCGUAUCCAAUGACACAUUACUACCCUCAAAAGCGUUUCCAAGUGCCAACAAUGCCAUUCUAUCCAAUGAACUUCUAUGCUUAA